AGCAACAGCAAUCCUACACUAAAACCCGAACAGGGGAGGCCGAGAAACAAGAAGAAGAAUUAGUCGUAGUAGUGGUGAGUAAUAAUAGAGGCCGGCGGCGGCGACGGCGUGGGGAUGGGUGGUCAAUGCUCCAAACAAGUCGAACGGCGUAAAUCUAUUCACGCCCAGAAGAAAUACUUGAAAGAUCUCCAGCUCAAGGACGGGAAUGAUUUCCCCGGUUCCGAUUACCGUCCGCCCGAUCGCAAGAACUGGAUGGCCGGCCUCGACCCCUCCAAGCUCCGGGUCAACCAGAUCCUAUGGCCCGGCACACACGAUUCCGCCACAAACAAGAUCGGAAUUCCCCUGAUUUCUCGCCCCUUCGCCCAAUGCCAAUCCCUCUCAAUCUACCGCCAGCUGGCAACCGGCGCGAGGGUUCUCGACAUCCGGGUCCAGGAGGACCGGAGAGUGUGCCACGGCAUCCUCACCACCUACGGCGUCGACGUAGUCAUCCGCGACGUCAAGAAGUUCCUGUCCGAGACCCAAUCCGAGAUCAUAAUCCUGGAGAUCCGGACGGAGUUCGGGCACGAAGACCCGCCCGAUUUCGACAAGUACCUGGAGGAGCAGCUGGGGGAACACCUGAUCCCACAGGACGACCGCCUCUUCGGGAAGACGAUCGCGGAGGUACUCCCGAAGAGGGUGAUCUGCGUUUGGAAGCCCAGGAAGAAAAGUGGUCACAAAGCAGGGCCGCCGGGAGGAGCGCUGUGGAGCUCCGGCUACCUGAAGGACAACUGGAUCGACACGGACUUGCCGGAGAAGAAAUUCGAGAGCAAUAUGAAGCAUCUGAGCGAGCAGCCGGCGGUGGGGUCCCGGAAAUACUUCUACAGGGUGGAGAACACGGUGACGCCUCAGGCGGACAACCCGGUGCUGUGUGUGAAACCGGUGACGAAGAGGAUCCGGCCGUACGGGAGGCUGUUCAUCAAACGGUGCGUGUCGGAGGGACACGCCGAUAAGCUGCAGAUACUGUCGACUGAUUUCAUCGACGAUGACUUUGUGGACGCCUGCGUUGGCCUCACCAGCGCCAGGAUCCAAGGCAAUGUCGUCUCUUGAUUUCUUUUGGGAUUUGGAUUAUUAUUGGUUAAUUAAUUUGUUAUUGCUUUUGUACGUACGUGUUAAUAACAAUAAAACAAUCAAGAAUAAUGUUGUUCUUGUAUCCUAUGCCUUUGUACAUGUAAUAUGUGAAAUGUGCUCCUUUCUUACAUUGCUUUGAGCCUCUUAUUGUCAUAUUCCACUAAAUAAGUCAUACUUUC